UCAGAACAAUUCUUCAGUUCGUUGAACGCUGAGCAAGCGAGUUUUGGUGAACCGGCGUUCAUUUACCAAGUGAGCUGUGGUGGAAGUAUACGAAAUAUAAAAUAAGGUUUUGUUUUGUUAAUGAAGUUGAUAAAAUAAAUUAAAAUUAAGUGUCUCAUACCGCAAAUUACAAACGAAAAUACGCCAAUAAGUGUUAACAAAGAAACUGAUCUGUGAAAAUGAAACUAGUAAUACUUGAUAGCGCCGAUUCUGUUGGACUAUGGGCCGCAAAAUACGUAAAGAAGAGAAUUAAUGAUUUCCAACCGGGGCCAAAUAAAUAUUUUGUGCUUGGUCUGCCCACUGGCAGUACUCCUCUUGGCAUGUAUAAAAACCUAAUUAAAUUUCAUGAAGAAGGCAAACUAUCAUUUGAAUAUGUUAAGACUUUUAAUAUGGAUGAAUACGUAGGAUUACCUCGUAGUCACCCAGAAAGCUAUCAUUAUUUCAUGUGGCACAAUUUUUUUAAGCAUAUCAAUAUAAAACCUGAUAACGUCCAUAUACUUGAUGGUAAUGCCGAGAAUUUAGUGGAGGAAUGUAAUAAAUUUGAAGACUUAAUUAAAGAAGCUGGUGGUGUAGAACUGUUUAUAGGAGGAAUUGGACCUGAUGGACAUAUUGCAUUCAAUGAGCCAGGUUCAUCACUAGUAUCUAGAACCCGUAUUAAGACUCUAGCACAAGAUACGCUUGAGGCAAAUGCUAGAUUUUUUGAUAAUGAUAUAUCCAAAGUUCCCACGAAAGCAUUGACAGUUGGUGUCGGCACAGUGAUGGAUGCUAAAGAAGUAAUGAUUCUAAUAACUGGAACCCAUAAAGCCUUUGCCUUAUAUAAAGCCAUAGAAGAAGGUGUUAAUCAUAUGUGGACUGUGAGUGCCUUUCAACAACAUCCUAAUACAUUAAUGGUUUGUGAUGAGGAUGCAACAUUAGAGCUACGAGUAAAAACAGUUAAAUACUUUAAGGGCAUACUCGGAAAUCUACAUAAUAAACUUGCUGAAGAUGAAGCCGAUGAUUAGGGGUUACAUACAUUAUAUGUUUGGAAGUGAAAAAUGGUUGCAGUUAUAAUAGUUGCUGAUAAAUAAACCGGCCUAAACACCUUCAUAUAUAAUUCAGAAAAUUAAAUCGGUGGAAUAUAUAUAUAUUUUUUAAAUUUUAUUACAGAAUGUUGUUAUACAUUUUUAUACCUCACAAAUAAAAGUAAAACUUAUUUUUUCUUAAAG